GAAGGUUCCGAUGCACCGUGCAGAGAAGCUCGGACAUCUCGUCUGCACUGCCCGGAGAGCUCAUGGAUGUUCUUGUCUUAUAAAACCACAAGUUUUUCAGGGCCACAGAUAGAGGGAUUGUUUGUGAAGUCAUGCCUUGUCAUUGGUUUACAACACACAAGAGCCUCUGGGAGAUGUGCUGAAGACUUGUGACUGCCGUGCUUCUGGGAAGGGCCAUCACAUCCCUUCUAUCAAGACCGAGCUCAGCGGUUGUGCUUUCUCCACACUGAUACCAUCAGUUCUAUUCUUCAAUGCAUGGAAUAUGUGUCAGCAGGAUUAAACCAGGAGAGUCUCCUCAAUGUGGAAUUCCGGAGAAGGCCCUUGCUGUGAAUUCUGAAGUAAGCCAGCCGCAUCCUGAAAUUGUGGCUUUGUCUCAGACACUUUUAUUACUGGACUGAAUCUUUCUGCAGAUACCUGUUCUGAAGUACUUUGGCUUGGAGCAAGCAGCAUAGCUGGGCUGCUCUGAAAGCUUGAGAUGGCUCUGACUUCCCCAAAAUCUGUAGCAGGGGAUUUGGCACAUAGAGAAGAAUUCAUGCUCCACGAGGGAAACUGUCUCCAUUUCCUGUCUGCAAAUGUCAUCUCAAUAGUGGAAAGAUGUAUGAGUUCCAUGCAAACUGGUACCCAAAUGAUCAAACUCCGUGGCAGUUCCAAAGGGUUGGUCCGCUUCUAUUACCUGGAUGAACACAAGUCGUGUAUUCGCUGGAGACCAUCUCGAAAGAAUGAGAAAGCUAAAAUUUCCAUCGACUCUAUUCAGGAGGUUUGCGAGGGGAAGCAGUCAGAGAUCUUUCAGCGCUAUGCUGAUGGCAGUUUUGAUCCCAACUGCUGCUUCAGUAUCUACUAUGGAGACCAUAUGGAAUCUCUUGACCUGGUAUCUUCCAGUGGAGAGGAAGCACGCACCUGGAUCACAGGGCUAAAAUACCUGAUGGCAGGGAUCAGCGAUGAAGACAGCCUCUCGAAACGCCAAAGGACCAGAGACCAGUGGUUGAAGCAGACAUUUGAUGAGGCAGAUAAGAAUGGUGAUGGCAGUCUGAGUAUUAAUGAAGUGCUCCAGCUAAUGCACAAACUGAAUGUGAACCUACCCCGACAGAAAGUCAAGCAAAUGUUUAAGGAGGCUGACACAGAUGAUAACCAGGGCACUCUGGGCUUCGAUGAGUUCUGCGCCUUUUAUAAGAUGAUGUCAACGCGUCGUGACCUCUACCUGCUGAUGCUCACCUACAGUAACCACAAGGACCACCUAGAUGCAGAUGACCUGAGACGCUUUCUGGAGACUGAACAGAAGAUGACAAAUGUGACUAAAGAGCACUGCCUGGAGAUCAUCAACAAGUUUGAACCAUGCCUGGAGAACAAGAAGGAGGGAGCUCUGGGGAUUGAUGGUUUCACCAAUUACAUGCGGAGUCCGUCAGGGGACAUAUUCAACCCAGAACACUACCAAGUGAAUCAGGACAUGAGUUAUCCAUUGAGUCACUAUUUCAUUACCUCUUCACAUAAUACCUACCUCAUGGGAGAUCAGCUGAUGUCCCAGUCUAGGGUGGACAUGUAUGCAUGGGUGCUGCAGGCUGGCUGUCGGUGCGUAGAAGUUGACUGCUGGGAUGGGCCAGACGGUGAACCAAUUGUCCACCAUGGAUACACUUUGACUUCCAAAAUUCUCUUCAAAGAUGUGAUUGAAACUAUCAACAAAUAUGCCUUUAUCAAGAAUGAGUACCCUGUUAUUUUGUCAAUUGAGAACCAUUGCAGUGUCAUUCAGCAGAAGAAGAUGGCUCAGUAUCUUACAGAAAUCCUGGGAGACAAACUGGAUCUGUCUUCUGUGCAUAAUGAUGAUUCUACCACUCUCCCUUCACCAGCAAGUCUUAAAGGAAAGAUACUGGUUAAGGGGAAGAAACUUCCAGCCAACAUCAGCGAUGAUGCAGAGGAAGGUGAAGUUUCUGAUGAGGACAGUGCUGAUGAGAUUGACGAUGACUGUAAACUAAUGAAUGGAGAUGCAUCUACUAACAGGAAAAGAGUGGAGAAUAUAGCGAAGAAAAAGCUUGACUCACUGAUAAAAGAAUCCAAGAUCCGUGACUGUGAAGAUCCAAACAAUUUUACAGUUGCCACUCUACCAGCAGGGAAGACUGGCCUAAAAUCAGACAGUAAAAAGACUAAACUUGAGGAUGAUGUGGAAUCUGGGGAAGAUUUCAGCACCAGUAAGAGGCAGGGCCGGUCGUUGAUGGGCAGCUUUUCCAAGCGCAAGAAAAAAGGAAGCAAAUUGAAAAAGGCAGCAAGUCUGGAAGAGGGGGAAGAUGACUCAGAUUCUCAAGGAACUGUAGCCAGGAGCUCUGUACAUUGCAGCAGGAUGAAUCGACAGAAGAAAACAAUGAAGUUGUCCAGGGCACUCUCUGACCUGGUGAAAUACACAAAGUCUGUUGGCAUCCACGAUGUUGAAACUGAAAUCUCUUCCAGCUGGCAGGUUUCAUCUUUCAGUGAAACAAAAGCCCACCAGAUACUGCAGCAAAAGCCAGCACAGUAUCUGCGUUUCAACCAACAUCAGUUGUCCCGCAUCUACCCAUCUUCCUACCGUGUGGACUCUAGCAACUACAAUCCCCAGCCAUUCUGGAAUGCUGGCUGCCAACUUGUUGCACUAAACUACCAGUCAGAGGGGAGAAUGCUGCAACUGAACCGGGCCAAAUUUAGUGCCAAUGGGAAUUGUGGCUAUGUCCUCAAACCAAGCUGCAUGUGUCAAGGUGUGUUUAAUCCAAAUUCUGAAGACCCGCUGCCUGGUCAAUUGAAGAAACAGCUAGUUCUAAGAAUUAUCAGUGGUCAACAACUCCCCAAGCCACGUGAUUCUAUGCUGGGAGACAGAGGAGAGAUCAUUGAUCCAUUUGUGGAAGUAGAAGUCAUAGGCUUACCUGUCGACUGCUUCAAAGAACAAACUAGAGUAGUUGAUGAUAAUGGUUUUAACCCCAUGUGGGAGGAAACGUUGGUGUUCACAGUGCACAUGCCAGAGAUCGCGCUGAUUCGGUUCCUCGUGUGGGAUCAUGAUCCAAUUGGGCGUGAUUUCAUUGGACAGAGGACAAUAGCUUUCAGCAGCAUGAUGCCAGGUUACCGGCAUGUGUACCUGGAGGGUAUAGAAGAAGCAUCCAUCUUUGUUCAUGUGGCAAUUAAUGACAUUUGUGGUAAGGCCAAACAGGCUCUAGGUCUAAAAGGUCUGUUUCUCAGAAAUCCAAAGCAGGCCUCUCUGGACAGUCAUGCUGCUGGUCAGCUCCAUCGCAAACAUUCCUUUAGCAGCCACAUCCUGAGGAGGACAGCCAGUGCGCCCACCAAGAGCCAGAAGAAGAACAAGAAGGGCUUUCCUGAAAUUGCUUUUGAUACAAAAGACAACAGCUCUGAAGGGGUCAGUGAAGACCAUGAAGUGGACGCUGCCUCACAGCCUCGCUUUGAGCAGGAGCCAGAAAGUGCUCCUCUGACACCAGCUCCCCGAGAUGGUGCCAGUGGGGAGGUACAUGGCAAGGGGUUGAAAGAUGUCUGCCAUUUCUCGAUACAGAGGUCAGUCACUUCUUUAUGCAGCCUAGAAACUAUCACUGAAGAGCCUGUUAUUGCCAAUGAAAACCAUCACACCAGCCUUUUCUUCCCUCUGCCCAUUGCUCCUUACAGUGAUUCUGAAGAAGCAUCUGUGUCUGAUCAUUCCACUGAAUCUCGAUCAGAAGCAAGCAGCACAUCCAACCAGCCUCAAGAAUCUCUACUCACUAGAGAGCAAAGAACAAAUCUGGCUGCAGAAGACCAAGUGCAGGUAGUCAAAAGAACAGCUGACACAAGUUUAGUAAUUCAAGAGGAUGAGAAGACAAGCGUGGCAGGAUGUCUCAAAGAAGAAAAUGGCUGGACACAGGCAUGCAGUAAAGCUGAAGACCAGUAUGGACUGGCAGUGCACCCUCAGAAAGCCUGGCUGGUACUGGCAGCAGGUAAGACUGAUGGACAGCCUGUUGAGAACUGCCAGAACCAAAAUGGCCAACCAACCAUGAGAAGCAGAAUUGAAUCCAAAGGGCAAACACUUGGUGCAGCAGCUGUUGUACGGCAGCAAAACAAUGUGAUUCACAGCACACAGACAACUUUGCCUCCAGAUACUCUUCAGAAAGCCCAAGCUGCACAGGCUCUACCUGUUUCUCAAACAGGCUCUUACAUGUUAGUACGAAGGUCAAAGAGUGAAGGCCUGAAGAUGUCAGACUCCUCAGCCUUAAUAAAAAUCCCAAGUAGCCUGUCUCCAGCAGCAGAGGUAUACUUCGAUGCCACUGUUAAUGACCGGAUCUGGAGCAAGCUAGAUUGCAGCAAUCAUCGUGACAGCAUGUCUUCCUCUUCCAGCAUGUCCUCCAAUGACACUGUGAUAGAUCUCUCUCUCCCCAAUCUAGCUCGCAAAAGCCUCCCAGAUCUUGGCAUCCAUCAUGAGAAUUUUGAGCCACUUGCCAUAAGGAAGGGAAUGCGUCCACGAUCAGCCACAGCCUCCAGUAACGAGAUGCCAAUGGUGAGCAAGAGCAAAUCCAACCCUAACCUGAGGUCUGGCCAGCUGCCAGCAGAUGAACUGUGCCCCCGUCCUCUUGCCAGGGGUCCUCAAGACGCAUUCUCGUCCAUCCCUAGAAGGCAUACCUGGAGCAGGCUCUACAUAGAAAGUCUCAGACAGUCUUCUAACAAAUCCAAAGCACAUGACAUGGUUGGGAAUAACCAGGCAAAAUCCAAAAGUCUUGGAGACCUUACCUCUGAUGAUAUUGUGUGCACUUUUGAAAGCAAAUACCGUAGCAUCAGCAGGAGCUUUGUCACUCGCUCAAUGCGGGAGCAGCGCCGCUCUUCAGGCCUGAGAUGCUCAGUCAAAUCCCAGGAUGAACUGACGGAGCAGCUGAAGAAGCUGACAGCCUUUCAGCAGGAAAAUGAUAUCACUUCCCCUAUCAGCCUUGACCCAAGUGAAUCUGAGGAGGAAGGGGAGAGCGUGGGGCUCCUGCGCCGCUCAUCCUCACGCAGCCAGAGCCGGGUGCGGUACAUCGCCAACAGGGCUAAACAGGCCCAGGAGAGGCAGCGGCUGCAGAGCCUGGGCCAGCUCGGUGCCAGCCCCAUCGAAGAGAGAGGGAAUCCUGAGGGAGCCUGCAGCGUUGCAAAAGCAGUUUGUACGGAUACAGCUUCUCCUGCUGUGUUUACAUCCCAGCCCAAGAACCAAACUGAUUAUAACACUGACACAGAAGUCUUCUUUAUGCUGAAACUGUAGUUCUGGGGAGCACUGAAGAAGGUGAUGUUUACAAUCCUAGCAAGCAAACCACAGUGACCUGAGAGGCACAAAACACCCUCAUCUGGUUUAGCGCUUCCUGGCCUUCCCUUCAGUGUAAGGGGCCUUAAUAUCAUGACUCCAAAAGAACAGAUGAGUGUUAAAUUUGUCAGCUUAUAGAAAUAGAACCAUCAAGUGAAAUCAGACACUUGUAUUUUUACAAUCCUUAUGAUCUGACCUCCUUUUUUCUAAAUACACUUUCCCAGCCUCAAAUUUGGCCUCUGUUGUGUGUGACCACUUCUUGCAUUUGCAUUUUGCUCCAUGCAAAUCUCAUGUUCUUUACAAAUUCCAGUAACUGCUUCUUAAAAUAGCUAAAGCUGAUGUUUAAUAGGUAAAUGCGAUGCUAACAACAGCUAAAGGUUAAUCUUUUGGAUCCACAAAAAGAGGCUGGGAUGCAAGUCAUGCUCCCGGUCCUGGCUUAUUUUUUGAGGCUUCUGAGAGUGUCUUCUCUGGGAAAUAUUCCAAAUUGCAGUGAAAUUGUUUCAUGAAUUAGUAAAGUGGUAGAUAAAGUCCAUCUUCCAUCGUGGACCUGUUUAUUGCAGAUUGUCUCACUCUGAAGAAGAGCUCUCGCUCUGUUCCAAAGCAAUGCUUUUUUAAACCAAGCUUGUUUAUAUAUAUAUAAAUAUAUAUAUACACCUCCAUGUGUAUGCAAAUUGAUGUCUGCACAUAGCUGUGCACAUGCACACACUUUAACUGAACUGUGACUGUUCCUUGUCUCAAAGCAUCAUCUGUGGGAAUGAGACAGGAGAGAGAAGGGAAUUACUGAAAAUAGACUGGAAACAUCUUCUGACUUUGGUUCAGAAAUGGCUCAAAAGCAGGCUGGUCUUUGCUUGGAAACAGACCAUCCCUUCCUGCCGGUACUUUAACAAUGCUGCUGUACAUAGCACUUUUUGGAUGAAUUUUACUAUUUCUGUAUUGCACUGCCAUGCAAAAUUUUCAAGGAUAUGUUUUAAAAAGAGUUAUUUAAUUUUUUGUAGAUGGAUAUGUUCAGAAUUAAAAACCAACUGAAACUCUAGAGUAAUUUUUCCUCCCCAGUUUUUUACGUUCUAUUUUUAGGGAUGUCAUCGUUGUCUUCCUGUCCGUCCCCCCCCAGUUAUUAUGUCAUUUAUUAUAGAUGCACAUUUUACCAGUGAUGGAGAAGAAUGUUUACUGAGAUGUGUUUUAAAGAGAAGCAGAGAUUUAAUUUAAUUUCAGGCUGCAUAGAGGCUGCAUUGUUGAGAGGAUAUUUUGCUUUUUGUUUGUACUGAUUCCUUUGUGUAUAUUGCAAAAUCUAAAGAUCUGUUUGUAAAACCACCUUACACUACUAAAAUAAACAUAUUUAA